AUGACGUCACCGCGAAAUUCAUCUUACAGCAGUUUGUUAUUUGUUAUGUUUUGUGUUCAAAUGGAUUUGGAUUACAUUCAGGCGUCUGUCAAAUGCUGCAUCCAAAGCACAUGUACAAAGAAAGCUUCUUCCACUUCUGGAUGUUCAGCUUUCUUGAGUGUCUGUCUCUUGCCUGGCCCUCAGUCAGUAGUUGACACGAACUUCUUGAUCUUCUCGUGUUUCACAGUGACAAUGAGCGUCGAUAUAAUCGUUCUUUAUUUGAGACCUAACUUUGUAUUGAAUGGACGAGGCGCGGAUAUCCGGUCCGCUAUUGUCCUUUUGAAGCAAACUUGUGGCGUGGUAGUUGCAAUAUGACAGACGGACGAAUAAUCAGUUUGUGCCCAUUGUGAAUCGCAAAGACGACUGUUAUUACUAUUUGUCAAAAGAAAACACCACCUAAACGAAAAAUAAAGACGCUUUCUGGAAACUGGAGUUAAUUUCUGACCGAUUUUCACAUUACUUUUCAUACCCAGCGAAAAGUUCGUCUCAAGUUUUUUUCUAUUUUAAGUUCAAAAUUACGAAUUGUCUGGAUUAUCCCAUAAAUAAAAAUAAUACAUUUUGACUCGAUGCUUAGAAUUACUACAGCACGUCUCAAGUUUUUCCAGCGUCAAAAGAAACCAACAUACGUUGACAGUUUAUGAGGUUAGAAGAAACUUGACAUGGAGUAACUUUGAGACCAAUUGUCUCUUACAAGCUGUUUUUUUUAUUGUCCUUCAAAAUAUUACAGAAAUGAUUUUACAAUAUGAAAAAAAACUUGAUAUUGACGAGUUGAUUUCUCUAUUUUUUUGUUUAGGUACUGUUUUCUCUCAAAACAAUUGCAGAAUGCAUUACAGUGAAAUGAAAGAACUGAAUCUAGUCAUACAAUGUUAAACGAAGAAUUUUCUGGUGUCACAAAAAAAUCAAUAUAUCUCGAGCAUUAUCAAAAGAUCGCAUGCAUGUGGCGUCAAAAAUUGGAAAUAAGGGUAAGGUCAGAUUGAACGCGUCGACGAAACGGGCGUCUUUUACGCGAGUAUUGGGAUACUGCUGGGCUAGCGCUUUAUAAGAACUCACCUUUAGUUUAGGGUUGCUAGGUGAACAUGUAUUUCUCACCAGAACUAGUUGUUUGAUUUGGAAAAAAUUAGCAGAUCUCCAAUAAACUUUAUUAUGAGACAGAGGCGUAGCUAGGGUUAGGUGCUGCUGCUGUCAGUUGAAAAGUUAAGAACAUUUUUUUUUUUAGUUAAAAUUAACUUUCGGAAUUAUACUUUGGUGCGAAUAAGUAAUCGAUACUGAGCAAAACAUUUAAAAGACAAACAAAUAGUUUGGUUACUAUUAAAAUGAAAACAACAAAAUAUAAAUAUUACGAAUUCCUCUAAGAUAAUAACGUUAGUUAAGAGACGGACAGGUAUUUGAUGAAAUAAACAAAUAUAGCUACAGAAAGCGCAAAACGGGCAGAUUGUCCUUCCAAUUUUUGUUGUGUCCAGAAAUGGAAACGGAAAUAAAAACGGAACACAGCCACGGAAGCAUACAAUGCAGUGCCCGAACCAGCGGCAGUGCCGCACUAAGUACAUGAUACUAUAUACAAUUAGUUUUGACUGUUUUAAGCAAUAUUUUAAUUUAUUCAUAUUGAGUUGUUGCAUGUUUUCUGUAUGUUUGUUUUCAAUAACGAAAAAAUGACCAGAAAUGUGGCAUUUUAGGAAAAUUUUCACCGAAUUGGUAAAAAAUCACCACACCUGGUAACCCUGCUUUAGUUCCAGUUUUGACGUCACAUAUACAUGAUUCACAUACAUUGAAGAUUUUUUCGCAAGAUCCCGUAGUUAAUGGUGCGGGGGACAGCUGAAAUUUCCCCCACCUAUCAAUAUUUUGGCAGUUUCAAGUUACACCGGCAGUGGAAAUAAAAAGACCGAUCGUUUUUUAUGCAGUGUAUAUACCAAUAAAAUCUACCGUUUGAUAUGACAUGUGCGGUUCCUAUAUCUACAAUGGCCUCAUAGUCUUCUGCCUCGUCAUUUAAAAUCAGGUGAACCCUUUCCUCCAUUUUCUUGAUUUAUGAUUUAAUAAUUCAACUCAUUUUCGGCACUGCGAAGACAAAUUUUUAUUUGAGAUGUUGGUUUUUUAAAUGACAUUGACAUAAGGUCUGUCACCCGCCAGUACCUCGCCUACAGUAGGCGGUUAACCGUACCACGUGAUUUUUUUACAUUUGGAUGACGUCACAUCCGUCUUCCCCUAUUCCCGUUCUUCGCGAAAAUUUCGGUAUCAGUUCCCGGUACUACACUGUGUUACACCGUGGACUGAAAAAAUCCUUAUUGGUUUCCAAAAAGCCCCUCCCCCUAUUUUUUAAACGGGUCAAGUUUGUAAGUUGAGAUUCGGUGUUCGAUUGAUGUAUACACUAUAUUUUAACGUAAAAGUAAGUUGAAAAAUUCAAGGUGUCAGCUGGGUAGUGCCAGUUUGGAGCAUUUUUUUUUAAAUAGAAUGUGGGGUUGUAUAAACUGGUAUUUUUACGUUAAAAUAUAGUACUAUGCAUAGGGGCACCAUAAUUUAAAAAAAGUACACUUUUAAGGAAAAUCACCACUGAUACUUAAAGCAGUUUUUUUGUCUAAUUCUAACACAUUUUCAAUCAAACAAAAUAAAGGUAUUUAUGUUUUACAAUACAGAUGCAGCAGUAUAACAAAAGAUAACAAGAAAUACGUACGUAAAGAUUUAAAAGUUAAUUUUCCUUUACGCAAUACAUCAAAAACACAAAAACAGUUAUAGUUAUUUCGUUUCAUCAAGCAAAAAGUAGGACAUAGUUUUUAUUGAUAAAAGCACAUUUAGGUGUACUUGAUAAACUUUUGAAGGACAGUACAGAUUUCCAAAAGGAAGUACUGUCCUACUUGGUCACCCUAACUAUGCAUCAAUUUCAUCAUCUCAAAUUUCAGACCGGUACAAAAAAUAAGCAAGGGAAACCCUUCUAAAAAGCACUGAAUAAGUUUGGUUCGAUUUGGGAUUCAUGCAAAAUGUAGCAUUUGUGGUAUAUGACAUCUUGUGGUUGACAAAGAUACAGACAUAGUCUUUUCCCCAAUCAAGUUGGUACCCGCGAAAAACUUUUACCUAUGCCAAGUGAUUGACGACAACACAAACGAAAGAUUUGGUACUACACACAUGACAACAACUAAAACGUACGAUUUUCAUGAGUAUUUGUGUCAGCCUUUAGAAGCAUUCAUUAUGCAAAACAGUUUUCAAUAAUAUUUAGUAACAAAUCUCAUAUGAGCUAAUUGCUACAUUUCUAUUAGUUCUAUUUUUGCUUUAAUAUUGUUUGUAGAAACUUUUUGUUCAUAAUACAGUAUUGAAACUGAAAGUUGUGACACAAUGCCAAGUAAGAUCGGUAGGAGAAUUUAUUUUUCAUCGCCUAACAUGUGUGUGAAAAAGACUGAACAGGUGACGUAUAUGGUGAUUUCACCGCUAUUUUGAUAUCAAGGAAUCACUACGGAAACUACUGUUUCAGAUUUUCUGAUUUUCUGUCAUGCAUUCUGUAGUUGUCUUAUCUACCAUAGUCAAGAGACGUUUUUUAUAAAGAAUUUGUCGCAAACCUGGUGUAUCAGAUGAGAGUUCAAGUCUGACAGCUUUUAUGACAGGUGCUAAAAAUAUAGUUGCAAAAUAAAGUUUCGUAUUUCUGUAUUUUUGCAGUGUUUUAUAUUUAGGUUUUAUAGGGAUAUGAUUGAUCUAGGAUAUUGUCUAUACUUUGAGAUGUUGGAGCUCAAGGUGGAGUCGUAGUUAGAAAAGUUGUAUCAUUUUAAUGGACGGUUUUUAGAUAUAGUGGAUUCUUAUAUUUCAAGCGCGGAUAUCGGAGUAACAAUGGAAAUUGGAUACCUUACAUGAUGACCUAGAUUCGAAGUAUGUUCUCAUAGUUUAUAAAAAUUACAGAAAUAUCUUAUUGUUUCUUGCCUAAGUGUGUGCUAAUGCAAAAAGUUAUAGUUAAAAAAGGGCGGUAUCGUUAAGGCUUUUGUAUCUAAUAUUAAAACGUCUAUACUUAUUUCGUCUCAUUGACUUCCAUAUGCUUUUGUAAAUGAACGAAUGCGAAGACUUAUACUGGGUUUUUUCUGAUACAUUAGCUUUGCUGACAUUCCAAUUUUGUGAAUCAUAAUGAUGAUGAUUUUUUAUUGUAAAUGCUCAUUUAUAGUAUACUUGAAUGGCUUAGAACUGCACAAUAUCUAUAUUUUUAUACAUUGAACAAAAAACUUCUUAAAAAUAAUGCAUAAAGUACGUAUUUUAUUUACUAGUUUUUUAAAUUGAAUCAUAUCUUGGCCAUUCCAUUCCAAGUGGCUCAAAAUGUUUUUAUAAAGUCAUACAAAGUCACGUAUGGCAUCAAAUUAAAUAUACCUUCUAGAACAUACAGGGUUUGUCCGGAAAGUAAUAGAACUGAGUCGAUUUAAAAAAAAUUAUUGAGCCAAUCGUUACAAUUCUUUAAAAACUUUCAAAAUAGGCUCCUUCUGCGUCGAUGCAGCGCGGCCAGCGCGAUUUCCAAGCAUUGAAGACGUCACGGAAGGCAUUUUCUGUCUCUGUCGUCUCAAAAUGCUUGCCUUCCAUCGGCCUUUUCAGGCGAGGAAACAAAAAAAAGUCCGGGGGGUCACAUCUGGGCUGUAGGGCGGCUGCGGAAGCGUUGGGAUGCCGGCCUUGGUCAGGUAGCUGUUCACAAGAAAGGCGGUGUGAGCCGGGGCGUUGUCGUGGUGCAACUUCCAGUCGGCUGCGAUGUCUUGUCGGACCCGACUGACCCUUCGGUUGAGUCUCCUGAGCACUUCCACGUAAAACUUGGCGUUGACGGUUUGUCCAAUGAGGAACAAAUUCAUGGUGGACGAUGCCUUUGAUGUCAAAAAAGACAAUGAGCAUCGUUUUCACUUUAGAUUUGCUCAUUCUUCCCUUUUUUGGGCGAGGAGGCGCCGUCGCGUGCCACUCGGAAGAUUGCCUCUUUGUCUCGGGAUCAUCUCAAAGAUCCACGACUCGUCACCUGUGAUUACGUUAUUCAAAAAUUGGGGGUCACUUUCACACAUGUUCAAAUUUUCUUGGCACACUUCCACUCGCCGCAAUUUCUGGUCGUCAGUGAGCACUUUUGGGACCAUCUUCGCGCACACCUUGCGCAUGUUCAAAUGUUGUGUCACAAUGUCAUGAACCACAGAUUUUGGUAAAUUUAACAUCUGGGCAAUUAAACGAAUACUUAGUCGACGGUCUGUGUUCAAAACUUUGCGCACACGAGUCACAUUAUCGGUGUUUGUCGAAGUCGAAGGUCUUCCAGCACGGUCUUCAUCUUUCCGGCCCUCCAAAAAGGCCUGGUGCCACCGAAACACACCACUUCUUGCUAAAGCAACACCUGGGUAAGCCUGCUUGAUAAUAUCAAACGUCUCUGUCGCAGAUUUACCGAGUUUUACACAGAAUUCAAUCGCGUACCUCUGCUCUAACGAACGCUGCAUUUUCGGCUUGCACCACUCACAGAAACACGUCGCGCGAAAAUGCCUGUCCUCACUCUCCAAGUGCUUGGAGACAACUGACCAGCCGCUCAUUCGUUAGCUAGGAACGCCCUCUACCGAAUCCAGUCGGUUCGCGCACGCUCCGAAGUACAGUCAUGGCGGAAGAAAAUUACUUUCAGGACAAACCCUGUAUAUUGUGGCUCAAAUGAUUUGAUCAUAAGCUUCACUAAAAGUUCAUUUGGAUUUUUAAACCAUCAUUGAUAUUGGUCAAACUCUGGUCAUUUUCACAUGCAAUAUUAUCAUAUACAGGAUGUCCUAAAAAUAACACACCAGAGUGAUACGGGAGGUAGAUUGGCUUCAGAACAAUCAGAUAUAAUCAACAUGACCUUAGUAAAAGUUUUCUAGUUUUCCAAAUACUGCCACAUUUACGCUUUUUCAAAAAAUGACAACUUUUUCCUCCCUUUUUGACUGUUAUAAAAAACUUCAAACUUGCAAUUUUUCUUCCUGAGCUACCACUAAUAGUUGGUUGAGAUAACCGAGUAUUCAUUUCAUUGAAAAAAAAUAAUACAUUUUGUUUCAAUGUGAAAAUCUUUACUAAAGUUUCACUAAUUACUGUGAAAAAAAUGCCCUUUCAAAAAUAGUAUAACAUUUGUAGGUUCUUUCUACUAAAGUCAUUGAAGUCGUAAUACUUGCGAAAUACUACAAAUAAAAAAUAAAUCCAGCUGUCUUUUGUAUCCAAAUUACUAAGUAAUGAAACGACCUGAACAUGUCAUUGACUAUCUCGCUCUCACAUUCAUUGUUCGAUCUGUAGCAUUAUGUCACCUCGAAAAACAGAGGUGGUACCUGCGCACCGCAUGCGCAGGUUUAAUUUAGUACUUACUGCUCCUUGUGUUAGUGCUACACAUGUGUUAUUUAGCUCUUCUGCUGUUUAGGUCGUUUCAUUCCUUAGUGAUGCAGAUACAAAAUACUGCUGCACUUAUUUUUUAUUUGUAGUAUUUCCCAAGUAUUACUUCAAUGACAAAACUUGGAAUUAUUCAAUUUUUAGUAGAAACAACCUACAAAGGUUGUACUAUUUUUAAAAGAACAUUAAAUAUGCUAGUUUUUACGAUUAUUUGCCGAUUCAGUCUGGUACAUUUUUUUCACAGUAAUUAUUCAAACUUUUGUAAAGGCUUUCGCAUUGAAACCAAAUUAGUAGUAGUUAGUAAUGAUUUUUUAAAAAAAACCUCAAAGUGGCAAUAUCUGGGAAACUAGAAAACUGUUACUAAGGUCAUGUUGAUUUUAUCUGAUUGAUCUGAAGCCAGUCUACCUCCCGUGUCACUCUGGC